GCCACAGGGAGGGGAAUGUGAUGUGGCUUUGUGUCGGCGCCGAACGAUGAACACACAGAAUCAGGCGGCUCUGGAUAUCUCCACAAAGGACCCAGAAGAUGACUUCGAGCUCCUCCAGCGGGUCGGUAGCGGGACGUACGGGGAGGUGUACAAGGCUCGGCAAAAACAUACCGGUCAGCUGGCAGCGGUGAAGAUCAUCAAGAUGGAACCUGAUGACGACUUUUCCGUUAUUCAGCAAGAGAUAUCCAUCGUGAAAUCCUGCAUGCACCAGAACAUUGUGGCAUAUCAUGGAAGCUACAUCAGUUCCAAAAGGUUGUGGAUUUGUAUGGAGUUCUGUGGAGGUGGCUCACUACAGGAUAUUUACCACGUCACCGGCCCGCUGUCCGAGCUCCAGAUCGCCUACAUCAGCAGGGAAACGCUACAGGGUUUGGAAUUUUACACAAUCAGGGGAAGAUACACCGAGAUAUUAAGGGCGCAAACAUUCUCAUCAAUGACAACGGCGAUGUGAAACUAGCUGAUUUGGGAUUUCAGCACAAAUUAUACGGCCACGUUUGCCCGGAGAAUGUCCUUCAUCGGCACGCCGUAUUGGUAUG